UGAGAUCUUUGACCAGUUUUGUGCAAUGUUUGCAGGGAACACUGAUGAUGUGUUUGACCUCUUUGACGAGGAUGAAGUAGCGGAUACAGCAGUGGUCCCCGCCAUCCCCACGAAACGUAUACGCGAGAGUGAUCAGACUGACCAUCGGAAAAAGGAUGACAAGUUCAGAGAUCAUCAUGGGAAAAAGGCCAAAACUUCGACUGCAGGUACUCUGCGUUCCAUAAACGCCGAGUAUAGGCCCGUAGUAGCGGAUGAAGUAGAGCAGCAAGUGGAACACGAGUUUGCUGUCUCUGGAGAAGGUCUCGCGGAUAGUGGCAAAGGCGCACUUGACGGCACGUCAGCACCUGCAACGAACGGACCUACCGCAACCGCUUCGACAAAGGAAAACCAUCUUGUCAUUAGCCAUCAAGUACGACAUCAAGUGGCUCUUCCGCCAAAUUAUCCAUAUGUUCCUAUAUCACAGCAUGUACCACCUGCCGACCCUGCUCGGACUUAUCCCUUCACAUUGGACCCGUUCCAGCGGACUGCGAUCUAUAGCAUCCAGCGAAAUGAGUCGGUAUUAGUCAGUGCUCAUACCAGUGCUGGUAAAACUGUGGUUGCAGAGUACGCAAUUGCGCAGAGUUUGCGGAACAAGCAACGGGUUAUAUAUACAAGUCCCAUAAAGGCCUUGUCAAACCAAAAAUACAGAGAACUGCUACAGGAGUUUGGGGACGUUGGGUUGAUGACGGGAGAUGUCACCAUAAAUUCGGGUGCUGGGUGUCUCGUCAUGACCACGGAGAUUUUGCGCUCCAUGCUGUACAGAGGAAGCGAGAUCAUUCGGGAGGUUGCAUGGAUCGUAUUCGAUGAAGUGCAUUACAUGAGAGAUAAAGCGCGUGGUGUCGUGUGGGAAGAGACUAUCAUCCUAUUACCUGACAAGGUGCAUUUUGUAUUUCUUUCCGCCACCAUCCCAAACGCCAUGCAAUUUGCAGAGUGGAUUUGCAAGAUCCACAGUCAACCAUGUCAUGUAGUGUAUACCGACUUCCGUCCGACACCUCUGCAACAUUAUCUCUUUCCGGCAGGUGGAGACGGGAUACAUCUAGCUGUUGAUGAGAAGAGUGUAUUUAGAGAAGAUAACUUUCAAAGAGCCAUUGCCUCGCUUGGUGGCGAUAAGGACGACAAGGGAAGCAAGGGCGCCAAAGGGAAGGGUGGAAAGCGUGACAAGAGUACUAAGGGCCCAUCGGAUCUGUACAAGAUCAUUAAGAUGAUCAUGGUCAAGAAUUACCAUCCAGUAAUUGUCUUCUCUUUCUCAAAGCGAGAAUGUGAAGGAAAUGCACUGGUACUAUCCAAGCUAGACUUUACUAGCUCCGAAGAGAAGGGCAUGGUAGACACGAUUUUUAAGAACGCGGUAGCUUCCCUGAGCGAGGAUGACCGUAGUCUACCUCAAAUAGAACAUCUAUUGCCGCUGUUGAAGCGCGGUAUCGGCAUUCACCACUCUGGCCUUCUCCCCAUCCUUAAAGAAGUGAUCGAAAUCCUCUUCCAAGAGGGAUUGUUGAAGGUAUUGUUCGCCACCGAGACAUUCUCUAUCGGGCUCAACAUGCCGGCAAAAACGGUGGUAUUUACCGCUGUACGAAAGUGGGACGGAAAAGAAACUCGAUGGCUCGGCGGUGGUGAAUAUAUUCAAAUGAGUGGUCGUGCUGGGCGACGUGGGCUUGAUGAUCGUGGUAUUGUUAUUUUGAUGAUAGACGAAAAGAUGGAACCCGCGGUGGCCAAAGGAAUGCUCAAGGGAGUGGCGGAUCCACUGAACUCUGCGUUUCAUCUCACCUACUCGAUGAUCAUUAACCUAAUGAGGAUCGAAGGUAUUAGUCCCGAGUACAUAUUGGAGAGAAGUUUCAUUCAAUUUCAGGCCAGCUCUAAAAUACCCGAGCUUCAAAAAGAGAUGCACGUGUAUGAGAGAAGACUCGAAGAACUCACGAUCCCUAACGAGCAGCAAAUUCAAGAGUACUACACGAUCCGCACGCAACUAGACCAGUUCAACCGGGACAUCCGUGAUGUCCUCAAUCACCCACAACAUUCCCUUCCCUUCUUACAAUCAGGACGGUUGGUGCGAGUGCGAAUGGACGCACCGGCGGAUGCGGAAGAGAAGGAGUACGAUUUCGGAUGGGGAGUAAUAAUUACAUUCCAUAAAACAAUACCAAGAGUCAAAGGGGACGACUUGACUGCUGCCCCCGAGGCACCAAAGAUCGUUGUGGAUAUCGUUUUGCAUUGCGCACCGGGCACAGAGGAAGGCUCAAAGAACCCGAAGCCGUGUCCAGCAAAUGUGGAGAAGGGCGACAUGGUUGUGAUCCCAUGUGCAUUAAGUGCUGUUGACGGACUUAGCACCGUGCGCGUGUUUGUGCCUAAGGAUUUGAGGGCUGCGGAAAACAGAUAUCAGUUGCUCAAGACAAUUCGUGAGGUCAACAAGCGAUUUCCCGACGGGGUGCCACUGCUGGAUCCGGUGGAGGAUAUGAAGAUCACCGACGACGGCUUCAAGAAGCUAAUCAAGAAGGUGGAACUGCUUGAGAAGCGCUUGUUCUCGAAUCCACUUCACAGCUCCCCAGAGCUUCAGGAGGUUUUCGAAUUGUAUGAAACAAAGGUCAACCUCAACUCUAAAAUCAAGAACAUUAAACGCCAAGUUCAAAUGGCGGAAAGUAUUGUGCAAUUGGAUGAGCUGAAAUGCCGUCGUCGUGUGCUUCGGAGACUGGGCUAUACAACUGCAUCCGAUGUAAUUGAGAUGAAGGGUCGAGUUGCUUGCGAAAUUUCGGCGGGCGAUGAGCUGCUAUUGACAGAGAUGAUCUUUAAUGGCGCUUUCAACGAUUUAACUGUAGAGCAGUGCGUAUCGCUGCUGAGCUGUUUCUGCUUUGGUGAAAAGGUGGAAAAAGUUCAAGCAAAAAUGCGAGACGAAUUAGCGGUACCGCUUCGUAUUAUGCAAGAGUCCGCGCGUCGCAUCGCUCGCGUUUCUCAAGAAUCCAAACUUGCCAUUGACGAAGAGGAAUAUGUCCAAAGUUUCCGUCCGGAACUGAUGGAUGUUGUAUAUGCAUGGUGCCAAGGCGCAAAGUUCAGUCAAAUCUGUAAGAUGACCGAUGUAUUUGAAGGAAGCAUUAUUCGAUGUAUGCGACGGUUAGAAGAACUGUUGAGAGAGAUGGUGGCAGCUUCCAAAAGUAUUGGAAACACGGAUUUGGAGAAUAAAUUUGCUGAAGGUAUCAACAAAAUCAAGAGAGAUAUAGUGUUCGCGGGUAGUUUAUAUCUGUAGAGAUGGAGGAUGCAUGUUUCUUGUUUAUAUUGUACAUUAAUGGGAGUAGUGAAACUACAGGGCAUGAAAUAAUGGUGAUGAUGAUUCUACGACAACAUUUAGUCCCAAAAACCUCAUCAACGCGAUACUCAAACUUUGUACUCAGACUUAUAGACUCUGGUUUCCCG